UCUGCAUAACGACCCGACCCCUGAACCAUGACGCUAAUCAAGGGCUCAUAACUAACCCCAUUUCUAACAAGGGCCGAAAAUCUUCAACAGUCAACACGCACGCUCUUCUCCCUCCCUCUCGAGUCUUGGGUCUUGUGCUUGCUCACUGAACAAUUAACCGACCGUCUUGGCUUUGGGAGACGAGGUGAUCGGCCUUUUCCUAUCUUGGUCCGGCUGACACACAAUGCCUGUUCGGUCGUUUAUACGAAAGCUGCGCGAAUGGCAAUUUACAAGGAAUGACCUCGAUUUAGAAGCGCAGACACACAGACCCUCGCCCGUCUGGGCGCAUCCAUUCAAGCUUCUCGGCCACUCUCUACUGAGGAAUCGUCUCCUCAUCUUCAUCUUCACCAUUUUGAUGGUGUCGUAUCUCAUGACAACUGCUUCAGCUGCCCCAGCCGAGAGAGCAGAUGUCCAGUAUGAUGUCGUCAUCUACGGCAACACAGUCGCCGCGAUAGCAGCGGCUGUGCAGACCAAGCGCAUGAAGAAGAGUGUUGCUAUCGUCUUCCCCGGUAACACGCUGGGUGGCUUGACAACAUCGGGUCUUGGAUGGACAGACUCCAAGAAGGGAAGCUCUAUUGGUGGCAUUGCCAGGGAGUUUUACGGCAAGGUCUAUACCUACUACCAGAAGACCAGUCCGUGGACACAAGAGACGCGCUCGCAAUAUAUUGCACGAAAGAUUGGAGCCCAGCCCGGUCCUGCUAUUGAUGAGAGCAACAAGGUUCAGUGGACUUUCGAACCCAAGGUUGCUGAGUCCAUUCUUGAGAAGUGGAUGAAGGAUGGAAAGGUUCCUAUCUUCCGCAACCAGCCCAUUGAUCGAUCCAGCAGCGGAGUGACCAAGAAGAAUGGCCAAAUCACCUCUUUCAGAACUACCAAGGGAAGUGUCUUUAAGGGCAAGAUGUUCAUUGACGCCAGCUACGAAGGUGAUCUCAUGGAGGCCGCUGGUAUCUCAUACAGCACUGGACGUGAGAGCAUCAGUGACUACAACGAAGAUGCCGCUGGUUUUCGACCUGGAGGCUCUGAUCAACUCUCCAAGGUUGAUCCCUGGAAGAAGAAGGGUGACUCAAGCAGCGGCCUCAUCGAGGGCGUAGGCAGAGUUGUCAAGGAUGCCGUUUCUCUUAAGGGCAAGGGCGAUGACUAUCGUCUACAAUCUUACAACUUCCGCAUGACUCUCACCAAGCAGACUGACAACAGGAUCCCCUUCACCAAGCCCGCCGACUACGUCGAGUCUCGUUAUGAGCUCCUCUUCCGUUACUACGAAUCUGGAUACACUGGAACUCCUUUCACCUCACAGCUCAUGCCCAACAUCAAGACCGACUCUAAUGCUCAGAGCCAAGUCAGCACUGACAUGAUUGGCGCUAACUACGACGAUGAUGGCAACUACGCUCUCUGGUCUUAUGACAAGCGUAGACAGAUCUACCUCACACACAAGUCCUAUACUCAGGGUUUCUUCUGGGCCAUGGCCAACCAUCCCCGUAUUCCCAAGUCUUUGCGUGAUAGGGUCAAUGAAUGGGGAUACGCCAAGGAUGAGUACACCAAGAAUGGCAACUGGCCUUAUGAGAUCUACAUUCGAGAGGGACGUCGCAUGAACGGUGUCUACACCAUGCGCCAAAGCGACAUCCAGACUCCCCCAUCCCGACCAAACCACAGCAUCGGCAUGGGUGCUUACUCUCUCGAUGUUCACCAAGUCGAGCGAAUCGUCUACAACGGAGAGAUCCGCGACGAGGGCAAAGUUCACAUCGCUACUCCCGGCCCCUUCAACAUUCCUCUCCAGGCUCUCCUCCCCAAGCCUAGCGACGCAACCAACUUCCUCAACCCCGUUACCAUGAGCGCUACCCACAUCGCUUACUCUGCUAUCCGUAUGGAGCCUACAUACAUGGUCAUGGGCCAGGGUGCUGCCACUGCGGCGUGCCUUGCUAUCGACCAGGGCGUGAACAUUCAAGACGUGGAUAUGUCCACAGUGAUUGCGAGACUCAAGGCCGAUAAGGCUGUGCUUUCAUAGACUAGCGAGUUCUGAUACCAUUUUUUGCAUAAUUAAGUUAUUGUAAUACGAUCAUACAUCUUUUUCUCAUCUUCAAGCGUGACCAGUAUGUG